AGAUACACGAGCCGUGCUAUAUACGUGCACUCUUCAAGAAGACCAAGAUUUCGACCAAGUUCGCUCCAUGUCCUAGCUUCAAGCCCAGCAUCUCACCCUCAGCUUAUCUUCGUGGAGGGAAAAGGGGAAGGGAAGGAAGCCAAAGAUGAUGACUUCGCUCCAGUUCUUCUUCCCUCCCACCUCUCAAAACCCUAACUGUAAACCUAAACAUACCCACCUCUUCUCCUCCUCCAAGAACCCCAUUACCGAAGCCACCCUUCUCCCCUUCUCCCCCUCCUCUACCUCUCUAUUAUCCUCCAACAACCCCAAUUCCAGACCCCCCAUAUCCCUCUCCUCCAAAAAUCACAAUUUUAAGCCCACCCGUGUGAGCCCUCCACCUAAAAUUUCCAUCUUUCUUGGUUUCCAGCUCUUCCGGCAGAGGCCCUGGGGGAUAAAGAUCCAAAGCAGCAGCGGCUUCGAGGGGCAGGGUGGAGAGACCACCGAGACAAAGCCCCCGUUGGAGCAGAAGAGCGGGGGAGGUGGAGAUGGGGAUGGAGAGGGUGGCGGAGGAGGGGGAGGAGAGGAAGGGGAGAAGAAGAAGGGACUCCUGCCGGAAUGGGUUGAUGUCACCACAGAGGAUGCGAAGACCGUUUUGGCGGCGCUUGCGAUUUCUUUGGCCUUUCGGUCGUUCGUGGCUGAGCCACGGUUCAUCCCUUCCCUUUCGAUGUACCCCACGUUUGAUAUUGGAGAUCACAUUGUUGCUGAGAAGGUUUCAUAUUACUUUAGAAAGCCAUGUAUAAAUGACAUAGUGAUCUUCAAGAGCCCACCAGUCUUGCAGGAAGUGGGAUAUACCGAUGAUGAUGUUUUUAUCAAAAGAGUGGUUGCCAAGGAGGGUGAUGUUGUUGAGGUGCAUAAUGGCAAGUUGAUAGUGAAUGGCAACAUGAGGAAUGAGGAUUACAUUCUUGAGCCGCCAUCUUAUGACAUGAGUCCUAUUCAAGUGCCUGAAAACUUUGUGUUUGUGAUGGGUGACAACCGCAACAAUAGUUAUGAUUCACACAUAUGGGGUCCUCUUCCGUCCAAGAAUAUACUUGGGAGAUCCAUAUUCCGCUAUUGGCCACCGGCAAGAAUUGGGAGCACAGUUCUUACUGACAGUUCUGACGAACUGAAGUCAAAGAGCGGUUCAGUGCCAGAAUAACAAAGUAAGUGUGUAAAGAUUCUGGGGAACUGGAGGUGGGUGUAUUGACUGGAUGCCGCAUGCCCCAUGUGUGGUAGAAGCACUCCAAGGAUGUUUUGCCUUUUGAUUGAAGAAGGAAAAAAAGAACGGAGGCCAAGAAACCAAUUUUUUCUUUAGGUUUCUGUCAUUUUGCCCCAUUGCAAAAUAAAAUUCCGAUUGGUUUCACGUACUUACACCAGAAUAAAUACAAUUUGAUCACAUAUUGUCCU